AUGACGCAACGGGUUACUGGGCAGCGCUUUCGCCAGCGCAAGCUCUCUACCAAACAGAACCUACUCGUCGUGCGCGAGCAUGAGGUUGAGAAUCUCGCUGAUGAUGAAGCGUCGCGACAUAUUCCCAAGGUCGAAACGGGUGUCGAGAAAGGCGAGGAGAUAGUGACAGUAAUCUCUGCCGCACAGGCAGCAUCGCAAGGCACCGGCGGCAAAAUCGCUCAGCUUUACAUCCCUACUCCAGAAGCCGUAGCCAGUAAGCUACAGUAUGAAGAUCUGUAUCCCAAGAACUUCACACAGCCUGCAACGUACAUUCGGUUCUCGUCCACAGUAGAAGACACGUCUGGAUGUCCAUAUUGCAUGACCAGUGAUGAUGUCGCAUUCCUCAAAACCCUCAACCAGAAGAGAGGUAAGGGCUCGCAAUGUUCUGAGGACGAAUUCGAAGAGGUGAUCUACUUCUUCGAAGAGACUACUCAGACCAAGCAGCCCUAUGCCGCCGUCGACAAUUCUCCAGUACUUGCAUAUGAAGACUUUGAGUCUGAGUUCGACGAUACCGUCAGUGAGUCGGCGCGGCGAUUUGCGAAAGACAUCUACUCGUACUGGAAGAACCAGCGUUUGCUUAAAGGCAAUCGCUCGCUUCUACCGACCUUGAAAUUCGAAACAAACCUUGAUACUGACGAUGCGGAUCCGUAUGUUUGCUUCCGACGGCGCGAAGUACGCCAAGUGCGAAAGACACGAGGCCGAGAUGCGCAGGUAACAGAGAAACUGAAGAAGCUGAGAAAGGAACUGGAGGAGGCUCGUUAUAUCAUGGCGCAAGUCAAGCGAAGAGAAACGAUGAUUAGAGAGCAACUGUCCACAGACAAGCAGAUAUUCGACGCACGUGUCGCCGUCAAGGACAUCAAGAGAAAACUGAGCAUCAAGGGUGACGAUGAAGAGCUCUUGAUCACUCAGAGACCGGCUCCUAAGCCUAAGCAACGGCCUGAUCUUGAGAGAGUUCGCCAGAACAUUCCUGGUAUGAAACCUCAAGUCACCCGCGCAGACGGCCGACUUGUCGACAAUGACCUCGUGUACCUUGAAGUGGAGCAGGCGAAGAGGACAGAAGCAAUCGACACCUUCAUCGAAGACAACUUAGUCAAGCACCAGAAGUGGAAUGUUGGCUGGGUAGAUGCGACAUGGCGACCCAUCACACCACCAUUGGAGCAGCCUGCAGCUCGAUCUGAUUUCCGUACGGUGUUUACUGAAUCACAACUGCCCACCCCUCCAGCCUCAGUUUCUGACGGAGAAGGUGCUGAUGCGAUGGCAGUAGAGCGGGUGAGUCGUCCAGUCGACACUCAAACGAGUGCGCGAAUACGGUACGGUACGCCUCCAGAUGACGUCCCCUUCCACGACCAGUCUCGGUACCGCCGGCGAAUUGGACGAGGAGGGCGGAUGAUGAUCGACCGACGUGGUGUGAAGCGACAAAAGCUCGAGACUAGCGUGAUAGACGACCGUAUCGCAGAUCGCCACAGAUUCUCCGGAGACAGCAGCGAAGAUGAGCAGACAUACCCGGUUGACGGCUAUAGCAACCUUCAUAUCAGGUAUCGAAUCAUGAUCGAGCGGCAAGGUGAUAAACAGCAUUCUCAACAAGCUGCAGCAAGGAAUCCAAGCAGAGCCAUUGAAAACCAUAAUCGAUCGGCGUCUGGGCACCUCCUUCCUCCCACACCUGCGAAUACUGGCGCUGGCGCUGGGUAG